CAAGAAAUUAUCAAAUAUAUAUAUAGGGUAAAUUUACCUCUCUCUUGAAGUUCGUCAAUAUCCUACAUAGAUCCUAUUUACUUUUCAUAAUUCCAUUUAUCUCCCCGAGGGUUCUGAUUUAUGUAAAAGAUUCCCCCUGCCUUCCCAUUUUGCCCUUCUAGUGACUGAAAUGACGUCAAACAUUAAAUGGUAAAAAAGUCACUGACAGGGGAAGUAAGUGGAAUUAUGAAACGUAAAGGGUCUAUGUGGGAUCCUGACAAAUCUCAAGAAAGGUAUGCAUCAAUUCUAGCAAUAGAGAGUCCUUCAACACUAGACGAUCAACAAUGGCUAACAUAUUGGGUUUUGUAUUCGUUUAUAACACUCUUCGAGCUCUCGUGUUGGAGAGUCCUUCAAUGGCUUCCAUUCUGGCCAUACAUGAAGCUGUUGUUCUGUAUGUGGUUGGUGUUACCUAUUUUCAAUGGAGCAGCUUAUAUAUACAUGAAUUUCGUGAGGAAGUAUGUGAAACUGGGCAGAUAUGUGAGCUCAAACUAUCCUGAAGGCCAGAGGAAGGUUCUUCAGAUGAUGAACCUUGAUACUAGAAAGUCCGUGGAGCGUUACAUCGAGAAAUACGGACCAGAUGCCUUUGAACGAGUGAUCAAAGCGGCUGAAAGAGAAGCAAAGAAGCACUGAGAAGAUCCAACUUGGACUCUACCCAGUUUAUAAAUACACCUUAAUACAUGUAAAUGUGCAUAUAUACAUAUAUAGAGAGAGAGAAGCUACACAGAAAUAUGUAUGGGCUUAUAUUUGUACUGUCGUAUUCUCUUUUCUGAAAACAACGAAAUAAUAGUGUUCUGUUGAUAGUGAUACAAUUGAAUUCUGCUCUUUAUGUGCUA